AUGCCUCGGUACUCUACGAAUUACGGGAGAACUGGAGAAACGAUCGGAUCUGAAGGAGAUCAUGGGGACCGGAAUGCCCCGAUUCCUCGAGACCACGACCCACUGGAACUGAAGUUGACGGGGUCAGUGGACGAGAGGUGGAUCAGGGCACAUAGGGCCUUCAUCACCCUGAAAACCAAGAUCGCGACUACCCCAGUCCUCCGCCAUUUCGACGACGCGAGAACGCCGGUAGUUAUCGUAUAUGCCAGCGAUGGGGCGAUAUCCGCCUCGUUGACGCAAGAACACGACGGGAUCUAUCAUCCGGUUGCGUUCGCCAGCCGCACCUUGAAGACGAACGAGUUGAAUUACAAUGUGACUGAAAAGGAGGUGUUGGCAUUGCUGAGGAUCUUGUAUCUUUACUAA